AUGAUGACUUACUCGCUUCUGGCCCCGGAUUACCCUUCUCUGGUCAGGUACAUAUCAGGCGCUUUCAUUGUGCUGGGCCUGUUUUUUGUGGUUCCCAUCGUCCUGUUGAUUGGAUUUGACUUCGUUGUCUGGGUCUACCGAAUCUGCUGGAGUCGCCCCUGGCAGGAGUCAAGAAAUGGUCAACUCAGACCUCCCACAGCUGCUCGACAUGCCCCAGAGACGGCCGAUGGCCUGACAGAUGCGUCGUCAUCAUCGUUGUCGUCGUCCUCCAGUCGCGGGCUGACCAACAAGUAA